GGGGCGCCGUAAUAAUAAUAAAUUGGAAAGAAAGGAAAGAAGGCAGCAGGGAAGGAAGGAGGAGCGUCGAUAGACCUUGGAGCCGCGGUCAGCUCGUAGUUGGUGUCCUCCACGCUAGAGUUCCGCGCGCGCAUCCACUUAUUAAUAUUGUUGCGAUAGGCGCUCGUGGAAGCCCCCGCGAAGAUCCGAGGAUGGCCCGUGGCUUUGUAGGGCGAUAAAAGCUCGUAGCCGCACAACGGGAAUUCGUGACCCGACGUCCGCGGCUCUUUACCAGGUGACAAUGCGGUGGGCUUCCGGUCUCGCUAGCCGAUAAGACAGCAGAUCAGUCAGCCCCCGGGGCCUUUCCUUCAUCGCGGAAUAUGGCCGACCACUGAGGGCGGAGAAAGUACGGCAAAGCAGCCUCGCGUCAUCGUGUCCGUCCCUGCGCCUUUUUUGCCGAGGAGGAGGCGCCGCACGGCCUCCCGAAUCCUCGCUCGCGCCCGCGGCUCACCUAGACUUCCUUUUGCAGGUUAUAAAGAACCUUGGGACAAUGCCGCGCGUCAAGGCUUCGCCGAAGAAGUUCGUGAAGACGGGGGCGCAAGCCAGCGCCAAUACAUGGGUAUUCCUCAUGAAAGGUGAGUCCUUGGAGAAUACGGAAGGUGUGCAUCCUGAUAUGGUGAAGCUUCGGCAUCCGGCUUCGAAUCAGGCUGCCAUGUUUGUUUUUAGUCCUGGUGAUUUGACGAUUCAAGAAGUUAUGACGUUUGAUGAAAAUAAAAGAUCUUGGUUUAUCGAUGACAAUGUUAGAUCGGAUGGAAAAAUGCAUCUUUCAACACCGAUUGAUCCAAUUUUUCUGGUUCUCCCUUACCUAAGAAAAUCUCAACAAAUAAUGCCAUUAGAGCAGUGUCUGCGCGACGAAGAUUAUCCCGAAACCAAUCGUCUCAUAAAGUGUCAAAAUUUAAAAUUGUCGUUGAUAGCUGACCGAAAAGGAGACGAAUCCUUACAAGCCUUUAAAUAUAACGAGGAUAAGACGUUAAGUUGGUUAAGAAAGAAGGUGGAAAGAGUUGCGGAAAUUGUAAGACAAAAAGGCAUUCACGUUUCUCAAGGUGCUAUAAGUGCUAAUUUUGUAAAAAGUAGCAAACACGAGGGUGGAACAGAAGCAGAAUAUAUGAGAUACGCUCACGGUAUAGUUUCUGAAUAUCUUGCCGAAGAUUUGUCUAAAAAGUUACUGCAGUAUCUUAACUUGUCGGAUGACACGGAGCAAAAAAAACGUAAGCUCAACAGUCCAAAAGAUACGGCCGACGAGAAAAGGCCUAAGAGAGAAGUGCAAGAAAUGGCCCCACGAAAUGGAGCACUCGAUCUAACUAAAUCAGAAAAGCCAGCUAAGAUGGCCACUUUGUCGAAGAAGGAGCUAGCUAGACAGAAAGCUGCUGCUGGAUCUAAGAGUAUAACCAAUUUCUUCAAGAAAAAAUGAGAAUUCUAAGCAUAUUACUUUAUACAUAGUGACCUACCACUUUGAAAAAAAUUGGUCUGUCGCAUUAAGGAAAAUUUGGAGUCUCUAUGUUCCUAUGAAUGUUAUCAUGUAAACGUCAAUAUAGAAACACCUAGGCUUAAGAGAUUUCUGAUAUAAAAGUCGAUUACGUAGCACAAAGCCAAUAUUAAGUAUAAAAUUUAUAUUAUUAAUUGCAGGCUGUAAACCUGUACUUUAAUAACAGGGUUUCGUAUUGUUGUUUAAGAAUAUUUCUUGUAUGUAUACAUAACUUAAUAAUUGCGCACGAAAAGGUUAAAGUUAUUUUUGCAAUUCUUUUUUAAUUACAAAUUUUUAAAUAAGACUGUUAGAUUAUGCAGGAUAUAAGUGUUAAUUUAAUUCUGUGAUUCUGUGAAACAGAAUGUGGCUAUUUUAAGAUGACAUUCAUCAUUUCUGUGUAAAUAGUACAUUUUUUUAUAAUAAAUAAUGGAAUAUAUUAUGUGUAUUUAAUAUAAGAAAAUUUUUUAAUAUUUGCGGUUUAAUCGACAUCAACAACGAUGGAGUACAUUUUUAUUCGUAUCGUUAAUUAAAAUUUCAACAUUGACGAUAAUACAAAUUAUAAU